AUGCAAUACUCCACUGUUUUCGCUUCUGCUUUAUUAGUCGGUUCCGCCGUUGCUGGUUACUCUAACGGUACCACCGUCACCACUGACGUCACCGUUACUGACUACACCACCUACUGUCCAUACUCCACUGUCGUUACCGUUACCAAGUGUGACCAAGACAAGUGCCACCCAACCGCUAUCACCGUUACUGAAGCCACCACUUUAACUGUUACCGGUGAAUGUGUUGUCCCAACCACCUACACCACUGAAGUCUCCACCAAGACCGAAACCGUCUGUGACACCUGUGAACACCCAACCACCGCCGCUGCUGAAUCUACCACUGCUGCUCAAUCCACCGUUGCUGCUGAAUCUACUUCCCCAGCUUCUUCUGCCGCUGCUGUCACCUCUUUCGAAGGUGCUGCUGCCAGAAACGUUGCCGGUGCUUUCGCUGGUGUCGCUGCUGUUGCCGCUGCUUUAUUAUAA